CAUAAUCAGGGUGAAGCUACUUGGGUCAUAGAUUGGCUACAAGAUGAAAAUGCCAUUGUGUCUGCUAUCAGACAAAAAUCUUUCCGAAUCAAUUCAGGCUACCCGCUACAACGCGCUAUGUGCGAAGAAUCAUCCAUCUAUUUUAGCUGUGUGGGAGGCGUCUUCUCCCUCUGCACUUAUCAACGAUAGCGACCCGUCGUCGUGCUACUCUCGCGCAAAUGCACUGGUACCACACCAUCUUUACGAGCAAGGUACAAGCACGAAUUUUCAAGGAUGUCCUGUCAACCAUCUGAUAAAUGGAGGAAGAGAAGUCUUUAUGCAAACAUAUUUAUACUUGCUAAGAGGGAUGGAGCUCAACUUCCCGCCACCGCCGUCGUUCUCCUUUUCCACUUCCAGCGCCACACUGAUGACACCAACAUCUAUUUCGCUAAAGAGCGAGAUCGGCUCUACGGAUGGUAUGCAGUACCAGUCACCAGCCGUCAAACAAGAAAACCGAGAUCGCAUGCAAGCGCCGGCAUGUACUUUAGCCACAAAUCCCCGUCGAACUUAUUCUACCAAUUUGGCAGACUUUCGAACUGAUAAUCUGCAAACAGUUGGUACCAUGUCUGAUCACCAUCACCAAACCAUUAGCCCAUCAGUACCUAAAUUUUUGGUCCAGCCUCUCAAAUCUUCCACUCUCAUCAAGCAGCCAGUCACGCCUUCUAUUACUCCUCCCAGCAUGUGGUCUGCUUCAUUCGUAUGGUCUUCUUGCAGCCUGUCAAAUCAAUUACAAGAAAUUGUUUUUUAUACAGCACUUAAUCAACGCAUUCCGUCAUCUAUCCCGAAGCGGUUAGAGCUGAUGACAAUUGAUAAGCUCAAACACCUGAUAGAUAUCAGAAACCUUUAUUUGAAAAUAGACCUAAAUUUCAUGAACAACCAGAAGGCCAAAUUUGACCUAUUUUUGCGUGAUUUGUACUUGGUGAAGUACUUUGGCUGUCAUGUUUUGACAUACGUGCUACUCGUCCAUUUUGAUAAUCAAAAGCUGUGGCUGAGCAUUUUCUCGAUAGACUCACCUAACAAUAACAACACAGUUGAGAGCUUUUCAAAGCAGAGUCUGGUCCAAAAAAGUACUAAUUGUACCCCUGUCAUGAAUAUGAACCAAGUCAAUACAAGCAACUUCAACCCUGCUCAGAGAAUGCUUCAUAGCGUCCAAGGAAAGUAUACAAUGGGGGGAUAUUCUGGUGGUAAUAAUGCAUCAGGUUAUCUAGCCUAUGUUACCGCUUUGUCACCUGUUGUGACAACGCGUAACAUUCAAUCGGAGUUAAUUCCAGUCAGUCAGAAUUUGAUCUCCGCGUCCAUUCCUGCACCUCCAGGCAUCUAUUUAAUGUUAAAUUCAGUCUCUGAUAGUUACAGCAAUACACCAAUGUACCAAAAUUCAAAUACAUCGAAUGGUGCUUGUUAAGCCUGCCCAGUAGCCAAUUUUCGAUCGAACUUGUCCAGUGUGGUCUAGUGAAAAAGCGUUAAUCGCAACAACUACCGAACCGGGCCAAUAUUUCUUCAUUCACCUCACACUUUAUAAACUGGACUCAUCCACUCUCGUUGGCGUUGAAUAUUCCGACUAAAAAAACGGACUCGCGUGCGAAGAUCAUCAAAGUUUCAAGUUCGAAUAUGAGUUACCUUUUUUGCGACAGGGCAGGUCACAACAUAGGUAAUAUCACCACGCGCAACAGCCAAUUCGCACUGAACUUGAGAAGUGCGUAUCGUC